CCUUGACCGUAUGUACCGAUGAGUAAUCGUGAUCGUGGUUCUCUGUUAUGUAACGGGCUAACAUUUGUUAAUUAACCAAUCUGACGCGGAAGUUUCGUUGCUGGUUGAAGUUUUUUUAAACGAUAUCGUUUGCUACUUUAAUUCCAAAAUUUUCUUGAUUCUGUGACUGAUAUUGCCGUAGGAAGUGUACACUGAAAACCAAAUACAACUGACGUCGUAAUGUGUACGAGACAGAAACAGGAGAAUAGUGCAAUACAUGUGUCAGAAAGAGUAAGAAGCACGUCGUUGCUUAGCUACCAGGUCACGGACGCCAUCGCCGCACUCUUUCUAACAUACAUAUUGAACGCUUCCCGCGCUUCUCUCUGGUACACAUUACGACGACAGCCAAAUCUGAACCUUGCCGAGGUCCAACAAAGGUGUACAUAGACUAUGCAUUAAAGGAGACUACCGAAUAGGAUCAUAAAGCUUAUCUUGGUCAAAACAAUAGUACUGUGAUUACCACAGCUCUGCAAGUCAUCUCGGCAUCUUAUUUUUCAUUUACACAGUCGCAAGCACGGUUGGCACGUCGAGUAAGAUGGUCAAUAAACGUUUGUGGCCGGCCUAAAAAGGCCAGUGGCGUAACCACAACAGGGCGAGAGAGGUCAGAAUCGUAUUUUUGCUUUUUUGUGUUUGCAAUAUUUCGGUGCGAUCUUUAAAAAAGAAGCCUCCACAGUAACAGUGAGACUUUCUCACACAUCGAGGACCCUGUAGACGUCAGGUGGACAAAAAGGUAAAACGGAUCAUGAAUUCGGCAAAAACAUUCCGUGAACACAUCUCUAUGGUGAGGUGGUGACACUGGUGACACGGUGACAGAGGCGAUUUGAAGUAUUGUUUUUUAUUCAAGAUAAAAUCAAAAAUCCUUUACAAUGGGAAAGAAGAAAAACGAAUUCGACCAUCUUACCUUAGAAGAAAGGAAGGUUAUCACCGUUGCAGAAAUAGUACAGACUCUAAUCAAGGCACACAAUGACAAAAAAGAUGUAAAUCUAAACGCUCUGAAAAAUCGUAUUGCUUCUAAAUACGGUUUAUCAAGUGCGCCAAAACUAGUAGACAUCAUAGCAGCUGUUCCAGUGGAUUAUAAGAAAAUUCUUGUUCCAAAACUUUUGGCAAAGCCUAUUCGAACAGCAAGUGGGAUUGCAAUAGUGGCUGUAAUGUGUAAACCACAUCGUUGCCCACAUAUUAACUUCACAGGAAACAUUUGCGUUUACUGCCCAGGGGGGCCGGACUCAGACUUUGAAUACUCUACUCAGAGUUACACGGGAUAUGAACCAACCUCAAUGCGAGCAAUAAGAGCUAGAUAUGAUCCAUACUUGCAAACGAGACAUCGAAUCGAGCAACUCAAGCAGCUGGGCCAUUCUGUUGAUAAAGUUGAAUUCAUUGUUAUGGGUGGAACAUUCAUGAGUCUGCCUGAAGACUAUAGAGAUUAUUUCAUAAGAAAUCUCCAUGAUGCAUUGUCAGGGCAUAAAAGUAGCUCUGUAGAGGAGGCUGUAAAAUACUCUGAGAGGUCAGAUACAAAGUGUAUUUGUAUUACAAUUGAGACUAGACCAGAUUAUUGUUUAGAACGACACCUGACUGACAUGUUGAACUAUGGUUGCACCAGAAUUGAAAUUGGAGUUCAGUCUGUUUACGAGGAUGUAGCCCUAGACACAAACAGAGGGCAUACAGUCAAAGCAGUGUGUGAAACUUUCAAACUGGCAAAAGAUGCUGGUUUUAAAGUUGUAGCUCAUAUGAUGCCUAAUCUGCCAAAUGUUGAUCUUGAAAGUGACAUACAACAAUUUGUCGAAUUUUUCGAAAACCCUGACUUCAGAACUGAUGGUUUGAAGAUAUAUCCUACUCUAGUUAUCCGUGGCACUGGACUUUAUGAAUUGUGGAAGACAGGACGUUAUAAGAGUUAUCCACCAUCUGUUCUUGUUGAUUUAAUUGCAAAAAUUCUUGCUUUGGUGCCUCCAUGGACAAGGGUUUAUAGAGUUCAGAGGGACAUCCCUAUGCCUCUAGUGAGUUCUGGAGUGGAACAUGGAAACCUCAGGGAACUAGCUUUAGCCAGAAUGAAAGAUCUAGGCCUAAAAUGUAGAGAUAUCCGCACUAGAGAAGUUGGCAUCACUGAAAUACAUGAAAAAGUAAGGCCAGACUACAUCGAACGAGUUAGACGUGACUAUUAUGCAAAUGGUGGAUGGGAAACUUUCUUGAGCUAUGAAGAUCCUGAGAAAGAUAUUCUUAUAGGACUCCUGAGAUUACGAAAGUGUUCAGAGGAAACAACCUUUAGACCAGAACUAAAAGGUGGCGUCUCGAUAAUCCGAGAACUGCAUGUUUAUGGAAGUGUGGUCCCAGUUAAUAGCAAGGACGAAAAGAAGUUCCAACAUCAAGGAUAUGGAGCACUUCUGAUGAAAUGGGCUGAAACAAUCGCUAAAGACGAACAUGAAUCCCACAAAAUAGCCGUGAUAUCCGGGGUCGGAACCAGAAUUAUUAUAGGAAAAUUGGAUAUGAACUAGAAGGUCCAUACAUGGUGAAGAGCUUGAAAGAUGGAGAGCAUAAGGGUGUGUUUGAAUUCCUUGAUGGACGGAAAUUGGAUAUUGAAGUAGACCCAGAAUACGCAGAUGUGAUAAAACACGUGAGAUAUGAGGAUGAGAAGGAGAAGGAAGAGGAAGAAUGGCUGGCCGAGUAUGAUAAGAAACUUAGGGAGAAGCGAAAGGCACAAGCAGCUGCCAAAUUGGCUGAAGAGAAAGUUUGAUUUAGCUUAGUUGUUUUUUGUUUGAGAUAAAUUUAAAUUUGAUAUGAUGAUAUAAUCUUCCCAGAUUUUUCUUUGUCUUUUAUUUCUGCACACUAUUUGUUAGGAUUUGGAAAGUGGACACACAAGCAAUUGUAUUAUUAAAAAUCACAUCAACAUAUGUACACAGCACUUACAACAGUGGCAUUAAUGCUAGUAAGUCUAUGUUUAGGGCAAAAAUAGUGCGCCACUGUUUUUUGCAAAAAGUUGGUGUCAUUACCUACACCCUAUUCACAAGCAUCCAUUAGGUUUUGACGUCUAGUGAGGUGAACAGUUGAUCGGCAAGUGACAUCUUUGUGUUACCCUGUAAUGUUGGCAAUUGUGAAUUGGGUUUAAAUGUAUUGUUUUUUGUAUGCAAAGCAAUUAUUCUAAAUAAAAUAGUUGUUACCAAAUACAAAAUAAAUCUGAAGGGUACAAAAAAACUAAAACAAAAUAUGUCUAUGUAUAUCUAGCGUUGACGGAUCCGUCAAAAUUAACUGUCACUUGUCGAUAUGGGGAAUUUUGAAAUAUUACUAGAUAAUCAGCUGUCAUUCUACCGUAAUGGAUACUCAUGAAGAAGACUUUAAAUAACUGGUAACCAUCUCAAAUACACCGAGGAUUGGCCAAAUACGCAAUUUGAGGUUUAAACAAAAUUUUAAUACAGCAAGCAUAUAUCUAUCUUUUACUUAUUGAACUACAUCGAGAAAUAUUCCGCGCAGGGCUCUACAAAUUUAAUAUAGGAUGACAUACAACCUAUUUCACGAAUAUCCAUCACGCUUUGGCGUCUACUGAGGUGGACAGCUGAUCAGCAAGUGACAUUUAUGUAUUAGUCUGCAACGUUGGGUAUAAUAAAUCGGCUGUAAAUCUAGCAAACAUUUGUAACGUUUUGUUUUUUGUAUGCAAAUGAACGUUUCUAAAUAAAAGAGCUUUUAGCAAGUACAAAAUGAAUAUGUAGCGUACAAAAACCAAAACAAAAUAUGCCUCUAUCUGGCAUUGACGGAUCCGUCAGAAUUAUGUUCUUUGCCGAUAUGGGGAAUUUCGAUCGAAUGACAGCUGAAUAUCUAGUAAUAUCUCAAAAUUCCUCAUAUCGGCACAGGACACAUAAUUCUGACAGAUACGUCAACGCCAGAUAGAGAGAGCCGUAUUUUGUUUUGGAUUCUGUACGCUACAGUUUCAUUUUGUACUUGCUGACAGCUCUUUUAUUUAGAAACGUUCAAUUAUUGCAUACAAAAAACAAAAUGCCACAAUUUAGUUUUACUAGAUUUAUAGCCGAUUCCUUAUUGUCAACAUUGCAGACUAACACAAAAAUGCCACUUGCUGAUCAGCUGUCCAUCUCAUUAGACGUCAAAGCGUGAUGGAUAGUCGUAAAAUAGGGUAUAAGAAUAACUUCUGUUAUUAUAGGUGAUAUCACGGAUUGUGUGAUUUAUGACUUCACGGAAACAGAAAUUAUUCUCAAAACCUGUUUGUAAACCAAUAUUACACGAUUUAGUUUAGUAACAAAAGAAAGAUGUAUGCUUACAAUUCAAAUUCUUUUCUAACCUUAAACUGUGUAGUUGACCAAUCAGCGGUAUACUUAACAUGAUUCCCAAAUUGAAUCUACUAAAAAAUUGUCUCUUGGAGUUUUUCGCUCAAAUACACCACAUGUGAAAUAUUUUCAUUGGCCAAUACGUAUCAAUUUAUUCAUCAUUAUCAUAUAAUAAUAAUUAACAUAAAAAACAAAAAAACUGAUGUAAGACACUUUUGAUUUGGUUGAUAUGAUUGAGAAAAAGAUACGUUUGCUAAAACCAGUUUUGUACAAUUUCCGGC